AUGGCGGCGGCCUGCGGGCGGCCCGGGCCCGCGCGGCUCCUGCCGCUGGCCGCGCUCCUGCUGUUGCUGCCGCUGCCGGCGGGCGCCGCGCAGCAGUCCAAGUGGGAGCUCCCGGUGCCCAUGGGGAAGAAGUUCUUUAACUUUGGGAAGAUUCUCUUCAGCAACACCACCAUUUUCCUAAAAUUUGAAGGAGAUGAGAAAACUUGCGAUCACUCCCAAAGUUACAAUGUUACUUGGUACUUGAGAUAUUCGGAUUGCUACAAUGAAGUCUUCAAUUUUGGGGAUGAACAAGCCGAGUAUUAUUUUGGGACUACAUCUGAAGAGCAUCCAGGCUGGACAGGAUACUAUGCCAUGGCUUCUCUCUACUUUCCAAACUGCUCUGAGCUCUACAAGCCCCAGGUGUUCUAUAAAGAAUUUGUUCAUCCAGAGCCUCUCUCGCCUGAGAAACAAGAGGGCUUAAAAGAUAAGAAGGAGAGUGGAGCAAAUCACACGACACUGGCAGAUAAAACAGCAAUGAAUGCUGUUAUUAAAACCUGGCGAGAUGGGCCAUAUAUAUUUAUUGUGCAAAUUGGAAUUUCAUCUGGGAAAGACUCUAAUAAUAAAGUUAAAAGAAUGGAGAAAGCAACACCUUCUUCAAAUGUCAAAGAGAAGCUCUUUACAAUGUCAGUAGAACUGAAGGGGCCAUAUGAGUACCUCUCACUUGCAGACUAUCCGCGGAUGAUUUUCUUCAUGGUGAUGUGUAUUGUGUACGUGUUCUUCGGGGUGCUGUGGCUUGCAUGGUCAGCCUGUUACUGGCGGGAUCUCCUGAGGAUCCAGUUCUGGAUCGGGGCUGUUAUCUUCCUGGGGAUGCUGGAGAAAGCAGUCUUCUACGCCGAGUUCCAGAACAUCCGCUACACGGGGAAAUCUGUCCAAGGAGCAUUGAUACUGGCAGAACUGCUUUCGGCUGUGAAGCGUUCCUUGGCUCGAACUCUGGUCAUUAUAGUCAGCCUGGGAUAUGGGAUAGUCAAGCCUCGCCUUGGAGUUACUCUUCACAAAGUAGUUAUGGCUGGAGCCCUUUAUCUAUUAUUUUCUGGCAUGGAAGGUGUUCUUAGAGUCACAGGGUUUUUCUAUAACACUGUGGCUCUGAUAGCAAACUUGGCCCUGUCCAUGAUUGAUGCCUGUAUUAUUUUGUGGAUAUUCAUCAGUCUGACUCAAACAAUGAAACUGCUAAAACUUCGGAGGAACGUUGUGAAACUCUCCUUGUACCGGCACUUCACCAACACGCUCAUCUUGGCAGUAGCAGCAUCCAUUGUAUUUAUCAUCUGGACCACCAUGAAGUUCAGGCUGGUGGAUUGUCAGUCGGACUGGCAGGAGCUGUGGGUGGACGAUGCCAUCUGGCGUUUGUUGUUCUCAAUGAUCCUUUUUGUCAUCAUGAUUCUGUGGAGGCCGUCUGCUAACAACCAAAGGUUUGCUUUCUCACCACUAUCUGAAGAAGAGGAGGAUGAUGAGCAGAAGGAGCCAAUGUUAAAGGAAAGCUUUGAGGGAAUGAAAAUGAGAAGUACAAAGCAAGAACCAAAUGGAAAUGUGAAAGCAAACAAAGUUCAGGAGGAUGACCUGAAGUGGGUAGAAGAGAAUGUUCCUUCUUCAGUAACUGAUGUUGCUCUUCCAGCUCUCCUGGAUUCAGAUGAGGAAAGAAUGAUUACACACUUUGAAAGAUCCAAAAUGGAAUGAAGGAGCAGCACAUGGAGUGUUUGUUGUUAGACUUGGAGAAACUCUCUUAAAGUUGCUCUCUUAAAGUUGCAUCCUGCUGAUUUGUUUCUUCAUCUCAGCUGUGGGAGUUUGAUGCUUUAUUGGCAUGAGGGCAUCUUGCUAUGGAAGAGGUUCACAAAGACAUUGAUACAGCUUUUGGAACUUUUGAAUUUUCAAAGUUGCUGCGAGUUUGGAUUUUUAAGCAAUUUAAAUGUAUACUAUUCCGGCACCUUCUGUAACUUUUCAAAUAUUUAAUCUGUGAAACUAAAAUUCCUAAUGUCUGCUUGAGGAGUUUCUAUUUCGAUGUUACAGUUCACUUUUACAGGUCAGCUGUCUGUAUCAUUUGCGGGGGAGGGUGGAAAUAAGCACUGCAAAAACAACAUACCUGUUUUCUGACAGAUAGUGGCUCACAGGUAAACUCCAGCAUGAGUGAAAGGUUUUAGAGAACAGUUCUUAUUACUGAAGGAAAUCAGGAUGCCAGAAAAGAAAUAUUUGGAAAAGUUACAGUGAUUGGAUGGGUUUUUAACAAAAUCAAGUGCAAUUUUAUUCAUAACACUGUGUAAGAAAAAAUUUCUAUUUUAAAUGUCAUUGACCUUUAGGUAACAGUUGCAUAAAGCUUACCUUUGUUGUUGUGGCACAUCUCAUUGCAGGCAAUGUGGUGGAUGCCUGGAAAAAAGGAAUUCGCCCCUUCCUUCCCCCUGUUGCAUGAGCUCAUUGAAGAAUAAUAAUAAUAAUAAACAAAACCCCCACCCCCAAACUCACUCUUGCAACUCUCUGCAAGUGUUUGACUAUUCAUGCUAAGCACCUGUUAACUAGGUCUUUUGGCAUAACUUUCCUCUCCGCACCUGUAACAUCUCCUGCUGCAACACUCAUGCUCCUCUCUGAGAAGACCCUGCUUUGUAGAGGGUGCAAGCAGUGCUCAUCUUACCUGCCAGAAGCUUUGGUGAGGUGAGAGCACCUAGUGCUGGGCUGUUCCUGCUCCUCGUGUCUCAGGUGUCUCUUAUGCCUUUAGGCCUCUCAAGUAGAUGAUCUGGUGAUGGAGUUUCCUGUCCCCUGCUCGUCCCCAUGCCCAAGAGGUACUCUGCUCAUUUGAUCAUUGUGUUCCAGUCAAAGUUGCAGAUUUCUGUACUCCCCAUUUCUCUCUUUCUAAAGAGAAAAUGUCUGAGUGUCUUGAGUGGUUUUCUGGUUUAUGUUUGUCGGUGGAGGCUGUAUGUAGUUACGGUUGCUCCUCUCUGCAACCCAUAACUAGUAGGCACUAGCAUCUCGGCUUGCCUUUUGUCUGGGAAGCUGCCAGACAAACUUGUGGGUCUUGCUGGACGGGCUUAGGGAGCCCGAAGCAAAGGUGCCUCUACUUCAUGCACCCGUGUGUCAGGUGUGACCGCUUAGCUCUACCUUGUCCUGGUCACUGAUGCACAUGGGAGCCCUGCGCUUCCCAGCAGCGGAGCUGGGGCCCGAGGGCAGGUGCCCGCUGUGCUCUGAGGGGCAGCACCCUCACAGGGGAAGGGCAGAGAAAAAGCUGGGGCUCCAACACCUUAAUCUGCCUCUGCCAGACUGGCUGGAGCGCUUAGGACAACCCCAUUAAGCCACAGGUAGAUGCUGUAGAGCCUUUCAUUAGGAAACAUUUGGACUUUUUAGCUGGUAUGCUUCAUUGGUAUAGAUGAAACACAGCCGCCCUCCGUGCCCUUUGGGGGCAAGGAA